GAGUUGUAGUCUUUGUGAUUAACACCCAUGUCCGAGCUGUGGCAGCGGUCGUCCAGUCCUGUAGAAACAUGGAGCGAUGCUGAGGGCGGUAACGAACACGGAGAAUGGCCAGUCGGUGGCGUCAUCGGCGAAGAGGUAGACUGUUUUGGAAAUGUAAAAUACGAGGUGAAUACAACGUCUCGCCCAUGUAUCCUCGUUCCUCAUCUGGUCAAACAGGUAGAAUGGCUCAAGUGGUCGCGAGAGGACGGAUCGAACACGACUUGGAUGGACGGCCUGGCAGACACGCCCAAUCUUAUCAACCGCUGGAAAAGGGAACAGAGAAAGAAAAGAGCGAUCCUCGCAGAGGAAAGCGUCGACAUCGGCAUCACCUGGGGACCAGACACCAUGAUCCACAAUGAAAACACCGAACUCGGAGCCCAAGCAUUCGAGGAGAAGAAACGAAAAAGCAAAGAAAGGAUCUCAAGAGCCGCCGUCGCUCUAUGGGACUCUGAGAUCGAGGCCGUGGGGCGACGCGUUGAGGAGUUUGCAAGAUCAGGGAGUCAUGGUCAUCUCAGUACCCAUCGCCUUCGAGCCAGCACGAUCGGAAAGGGAAAGGCGUCGCCUGUCGUCACUCCCAUCCGCACCCGUCGACAUUCUCCCGCAAUGUCCUCCUCCACUCGCAUAAAGCCGAGUUCUACGACCACUGUAGCCUCCUACGACUCUAGGAGGAACGCGGCUUCCUUUUCAUCUUCAUCCACCCUCGCCGCUAUGAUGUCCGAGUCCCCAUCGGCGGGUCGUUCUGCUUUUGCAAGAGACAUCUCGACUCGGAUGAAGAAUUUCUCAGGAUCUUCAUCCGUCGUACCCCAGGUCCGUGCCGUCGCUACUACUAAUACAUAUAUCAAGAAACCUCCUACUCGUUCUUCACUUGAAAAAGCAUGGAAUAAGGUCACAGGAAAGGCUUAUGCAGCCACGGUCGAGAUAGUCAACGACAUCGAUGACGAACAAAUACCUCCCGUAGGACAGUUCAAAUAUGUCGAAAAUAAAUACAUGUACAGCGAUGAUGACCUGAAAGACAUCGCAACAGCUGAUAUCGGUCAUUUCCUCAUGUGUGACUGUCACGAAUGCACAGAUGCCUCGGAAUGUCACUGCCAAGUCGUAUCCGAUCUAACGGACCCUUCAGGAAAGAAGAUCUUUGCGUACAAAGAGGGAUUAUUCACGUUUAAUGUUCCGUCAGGAGUAGAAGUCAUCGAAUGCAACAACAGGUGCAACUGCGAUGUGUUCACUUGCAAAAAUCGAGUCGCACAAAAACCUCGCGAUGUUCCUAUAGAGGUAUUCAAGACGAGGAAUACUGGCUGGGGCGCGCGCGCCGUCGUGCCCGUAGAAGCAGGGAAAGUUCUAGGAAUUUACACUGGGACAUUGACUCGCAGGGAAGAUGUGGAAAACUUGCCAGAAAGCCACAUGGGAUACUUGUUCGACUUGGACUGCACCGAGUCGGAGGACGAUAAUGACACGGGCGAUAAAUACUCUGUCGACUCUUACGAGUGCGGAAACUGGACUCGCUUUAUCAACCACUCGUGUAAUCCAAAUUUAUCCGUAUACGCAGUCGUAUACGACACCGUCCGUGGCAUGAAUAUCCCCUACUUGGCGUUCGCCGCGAUAAAGGAUAUACCUGCAAGAGCAGAAUUGACGAUCAACUACUAUCCCGCCGCAGAGAUGGAUGACGACACACUGAUGCAGAAAGGUUCUCAAUGCAUGUGUGGUUCUCCAGGAUGUCGGGGAUGGGUGAUUUGAAGUGUGUGGCGGGUGUAUAGGAUCAAAGAUUCAGCUUAUUCAUUGUAACAUUAUCCGCACUCUCCAUUUGUAACGACUUCAUUGCUGGUGUCGAGUUGUAAAGCAGCUUAUGACCACCAUGAUACCAGCUCUUUGAUGUUUUGAUACCGGCGGAUUUUCUCCAUGAGUUCUUAUGCAGUGUAUACAUACAGAUGAACCAGCGGUCAUCAU